AUGCUCUUCUUCUCGACGUUAUUGACCGUCUUGAUGGCGACAAUUGCCCUUGCCAAACAGGUAGCCUCUCCUCUCAAGACCUUCGAUCUUCACAGAGCUGGUGAUCCGAACAACAAGGAAGGUCAUUACUGGGACCGGUGGGAACUGGACUUCACUUUUGCUCUCCAGCCCAUGCAGGACAAUGUUCAGCCCGGUGACUACUUUCAGUUUACUCUUGACAAACGUUUCUGGCUGGGUGACAAGCCCUAUGACUUUGAUGUUGUGGAUCCCAACGGAAACCCCAUCUACCAUGUGAAGAACGACGGCUUCCUGUUCACCUGCACAUACUCCGACUAUGUUGCCGAUAAGAACUGGGAGAUCAACGGUACCAUGCGUCUGACUGCCACUGCCGAGCGAAACGAAAUCAAGGAGGCCGGAUGGAACUCUUUCCACGUUGACACCGGCAAUGGCACUGGUUUCGAUGACUCCAUCAACAUUGUCCCUGAGCUGGAUGUCACCCAAGGCCGAAAGUGGGGAGCACGUUUUGGUGAUGAUGAGUACAUCUGGUAUAUUCAGCUUCCCAAGUCUCCUUACCAUACUCUCAGGCUUGUCGAUACUCUUCGAGAUGACUCUCUUGCCUUCCCUGACAUGGACACUCUGUGGGACGGCAUGAGAGUAAACCUUGGUUACAAUAUGGAUGAGUUCUGGAACACCGACAAGUGGGUGGAGGUCCCUAAGGAAGAGAGAUCAAAGUACGUCACGCUCGACACAGUUGAGGGUGAUACCUUCACUGCUACUCUCCAUGACAUUCCCGAUGAUGUCAACGUCCAACUUGUUUUCACCACCAAGAUUGUCAAGCCCCAGACAGCGUACUGGAAUCAUUUCGGCUGGGAGAUGUGGAUGGAUGCUAGUGGAGGUGAAGGACCUGGAAAUUCCAUCAAGGGUGACACCUGGGGUGCUGGAAACCACAACCAAGACGGAAGUGACUUCGAUGGUGACGGAGAGGGCGAUGGAAAAAGUACCACUCUGAUCACCUCCACUUUAUUCACCAAUACAACUACCCCGGGGUCCACCAUUAUCACCUUCUCCACUGAGCCCACCUCUGCGGUUAUCACGACUUCUGAAACUGCCCCCUUGACGGAGUCUGUGGUACCCUCCACCGAGCCUGGCCUCACUACCGUCUCUACCGACUUCCCCAGCCCGGAUAGCUCUAUUGUGGAGUCCACUACCCCUGUGUUGACAACUUCAUCCCCCAUCACCUCAUCCCUCACCUCAUCGUUCAAAUCCACUACCGAGCCAACCUCUGAGACUACUCCAGAGUCCACAAGCGUCCCGGAGACAACCAUUGUGAACUCCACCAGCGUUUCCGAUAUUACUAGCGAGUCCACCAGUUCAAUCCCUGAGACUACCGUUGAAUCCACAACUCCUAGCUCUACCACCCGUCGGUCCACCCAGGUCCACCCCACCGCUACUCUCGUGCCCUCAACUUCUGAGUCUCCGUCUUCUGAGGUAUCUACCACCCGUCAAUCCACUCAGGUCCACCCCACCGCUACUCUCGUGCCAUCGAUCUCUGAAUCUGCUUCUAUGAUCUCUAGUGCUCCCGGCGUCAACUCCACCGUGCCUGUUACUGAUUCUUCAGUGCCCUCAGCUUCUGAGUCUCCUUCUUCUGAGGUAUCUACCACCCGUCAAUCCACUCAGGUCCACCCCACCGCUACUCUCGUGCCAUCGAUCUCUGAAUCUGCUUCUGUGAUCUCUAGUGCUCCCGGCGUCAACUCCACCGUGCCUGUUACUGAUUCUUCAGUGCCCUCAGCUUCUGAGUCUCCUUCUUCUGAGGUAUCUACCACCCGUCAAUCCACUCAGGUCCACCCCACCGCUACUCUCGUGCCAUCGAUCUCUGAAUCUGCUUCUGUGAUCUCUAGUGCUCCCGGCGUCAACUCCACCGUGCCUGUUACUGAUUCUUCAGUGCCCUCAGCUUCUGAGUCUCCUUCUUCUGAGGUAUCUACCACCCGUCAAUCCACUCAGGUCCACCCCACCGCUACUCUCGUGCCCUCAACUUCUGAGUCUCCGUCUUCUGAGGUAUCUACCACCCGUCAAUCCACUCAGGUCCACCCCACCGCUACUCUCGUGCCAUCGAUCUCUGAAUCUGCUUCUAUGAUCUCUAGUGCUCCCGGCGUCAACUCCACCGUGCCUGUUACUGAUUCUUCAGUGCCCUCAGCUUCUGAGUCUUCUUCUUCUGAGGUAUCUACCACACCAAGCGUCAACUCCACUGUCCCUGUUACUGAGUCUCCCGUGCACUCCACCAAGCCCAUUUCUGAGUCUCUUAUUCCCUCCUCGAACCAUUGUGUCUCCACCGUCACUCUGAAUACAACAAACCCUGGUGGUGAGCCCGAGACCACUGUCGCUACCGUUACAACCCAGGACUGCAACCCCAAGCCUUUCUCUUCUGUUAGUGUGACAGGUUGUGUUGAAACUUCCAUCCUGACUACCACCAACCCGGCCGGAAAGCCUGAGACAGUUACCACCACAGUUACAAGGGACCACUGCGAAUCUCCCGCUCCUUCUUCAGAGUGUGUAUCAACCGUUACCCUUAGCACAACUAACAGUGAGGGAACUCCAGUGACAACUACCGAGGUUACCACCCUCGACUUUUGUCCUUCCGUGGCCCUUGAGACCACUAUGACAGUGCCUACUAAGGUUACCACCACCGUCACCCAGACUGUUUCUGUCUGCGACGACAGUAAGUGCUCCGAGACUCCCAUUACUAUCACCACCGUCGUUCCUUCCAACCCUAAAACCACUGUCAUUACCACAGAGAUUGACCACAAGACUGUGACUAUCACUGUUCCUUGCGACCCCGAGAUUCCUGCUUCCAAUACUGAGUCCGCGACUGAGCCUGCAUCCAAGCCUGUUUCUGAGACACUCUCCAAGCCUGAGCACUCUUCCAACGAGCCCCAGACUGAGGUUCCUCAGACUGGAUCUCCUGCUGUGUCUCCUUCUCCUGCACCCACCAAGCCUGCCGAGACCGAGUCUUCAACCCCCGAGCAGCCCUUGUGGCCUUCCGAACUUGUCACCAAGACCUCUGGAACGGUGGUUAUUGUUAUUCCUGGGCAAGUCUCUUCGAAGUCUUCUCCUGCAGAGUCCAUCACGUCUACCGUCAUUCAGACUGUUUCCUACUGUGACGACUCCCGCUGUUCUAAGACUCCCGUCACUUUAACCACUGUGGUUCCUACCAACCCUGCCUCCACUACCAUUCAGACUGUCAUUGACAACAAGUCUCUCACCGUGGUUGUUCCUUGUGAGGAGACACCCACUUCUAACAAGCCCACAGUAUCUGAGGUCCCUAGCAAGCCUAGUCCAUUUCCCGAGGCUCCUGGUAAGCCCAUCCCUGAGGCUCCUGAAACCACAGGGACCCCCUCCACGCAGCUAGAGACACCCGCUUCAACUCUGGUUCCCGUUCCUCAGCCUGAGGGCUCCAAGCCAGCUCAAUCCCAACCUCAGCAGCCGCAGAAGCCCGAGGCUACCACUCCCGUCCAGGCAUCUUCCGGCUCUACCAACAAGCUUGCCUUGUCUGCUAUAGUUCUUCCUCUUCUGACCCUGUUCUUUUAG